CUUCUCCCGACCCAAGAACUGCCGAUUUCGCCGGCUCGAUCCCCCCGCGCUGCCUCGCGGGAAAUCGAUCAAAUCCAUAUCAGCAGCUACCCCGCUCGCUCGCUUAUUGGUUCUUUGAUGCUGGGUUCUCAGAUGUUGUUUUGAUCCUGGGUUUUUCGAUCGAUCGCCACACCCACCAGCAAGGUGAGCGAGAAGGAAAGAAAUCGUCGUCGGUCGUCGUCGCUGUGGAUCAAAUUCAUGCUAUCCCUUUGCGCCGGAGACCGGAUCGUUGGGCAGGGCAGGGAUCUCUGCGCUGAGAAGGAUUUCGACGGAUUCGGCUGCGAGUUCGUCGCCGUCUCGUCGCAUCUCUGCCGCCAUGGGGAGGGUCAAGCUGAAGAUAAAGAAGCUGGAGAACAGCAGCGGCCGGCAUGUCACGUAUUCGAAACGAAGGUCGGGGAUUCUGAAGAAGGCCAAGGAGCUGUCCAUACUCUGCGACAUCCCUCUCAUUCUUCUCAUGUUCUCCCACACCGGCAAGCCCACCAUUUGCGUUGGCGACAACAGCAGCAUAGAGGAUGUCAUAACAAAGUAUGCACAGCAGACUCCUCAGGAAAGGGCUAAAAGGAAGUUGGAGAGCUUAGAAGCCCUAAAGAAGACAUUCAAGAAGCUAGAUCAUGAUGUCAAUAUUCAGGACUUCUUAGGCUCAGGGGGUCAAACUGUCGAGGAAUUAUCAAGCCAUCUUGGUGCUUUGCAAUGUCAAAUUGCGGAUGUUGAAAAGCGUCUCAGUUAUUGGAGCGAACCUGAAAAGGUUGACAAUAUUGGACAUAUACGAGCGAUGGAGCAAUCUCUUAAAGAAUCUCUCAAUCGUAUCCGACUUCAUAAGGAGAGCUUUGAAAAGCAGCAUCUGAUGGGCCUACAGUGUGCUGCUGCUCAGUUCCAGAACGACAUGCAGAUCCCACUAGGACUAACAGGUGACCCAAACACUUCAUCAUGGUUCCAUGGCACCGGCGGCGCAGAGGAGCAGCAGCCUAUGAUGCUACCUGAAGACGCCAGUUUGAUCCAUCAUAGAGACAUUGCUUGCACAGCAAGCACGUCGAUGCAGAGCUACCCAGGCUAUUUCAGCAUGAGCAAGCAGUCCACCGACAACAUCGGCGGCGAGCAGCAGCAGCAGCAGCCGGCGGUGCAGCCGCCGGAGUUCAGCCAGGCCGACUGCCUGACGUCGCUGCAGCUCGGCGCGCAGUUCCCGUACCCGUCGGCGUUCGACCACACGAGCCUGCUCAGCGACCGCCUGUUCAGGCAGGACAUGGAGCAGCUGCACGACGGUGCUGCGGCCACCGCCGCCAUGGACUUCAGCAGCCACUACGAUCUGCCGAGGCCCGGCGACGAGGCCAGCUUCCAGAACUGGGCGUCGGCGGCCUGCGGCGCCACCAUGUAUGACCAUCAACAGCAGCAACAGCAAUCUGCCCAAUUCCCUGCAGCAGCAGCACAUGUAGAAGUAUCUUCAUUCAACUAUCACUCACAAUAUCAGCAGCUUGUGAUUUGAUGAUCCUCUAACAAACUGGAGAAUUCAUUUUGCUACAUCAAAGAGCAUUACCAUGGCUACUAUAUUUAUGUCACUCAAUUAAGAUACAAGUCAGCGGUGCAUAUUGACAAGAAGAUAUAUGAUUGCUACUAUAUUUUUGCCAGUCACUCAAUUGAGAUACAAGUCAACAGUGUAUGUUGACAAGGAAGAGAUUUGAUGUAUGUUGACAAGGAAGAGAUAUGAUGUAUAAAGGAAAAUAGAAAUUGUCAGUGUAAAUUAUGAACUGAUCAUGGAAAAUAAAACUGUAAAAUGUGAUAAAUUAUUAACUUUUCUGUAAAGCAUAUUAUACUUGUCGUAAAAAAUUGGGCAUAUGCUAAUGCUACGCCCGAAAUAGUUAGAAAGUAAAACAAAAUACAUCAGUAGUUCCAAAAAUAUAGGUUUUUUUUUCUUCUUUCUUUUUUUGCUAGAGCUCAUUAUGAAUUCUAUCGAACAUAUGUCAUGACACUGUUUAAGUUUAUAAAUGUU